AUGUCGCUUGCUUCACCGGACGUCGAUAUAGAGGAUUCAAGUGAAUCCACGAAUGCCGCGUCUGCAUUUUCCGAAAAAGCACCCAACACAAGUGUCUCGUCCUCAGGGGCUCGUGCGAUUGAUGUAAUCAAUAUUUUUGAUUUUGAUGGUACGCUUUUUGCAUCUCCACAUCCAAAUCCAAAACUGUGGAAAAGUUCGUUCAUUGGAUUGUUGAAGAACAACAAACUUUAUAAAGGAUGGUAUCAGAGCAAGAGGUCAUUGGACUUUGGAGAGGAAGCAAGGAGCCAAGCGUGGAAUAGUUGGUGGAACGAGAAGGUGGUGGAUCUUGUGCGCAAGUCGAUGGAGCGUUCAACUUCGUUGACAGUUCUGCUUACUGGACGACAGUAUUCUGAAUUUCACGAAAUCAUUACUGAUAUGACAUCAAAGAAGGGACUGGUUUUCGAUAUAAUGGGUUUCAAACCGGAUCAGAAUGUUCUCCACUGGAAUUUGUAUUAUAAUUCUGCGAUCAUUAAAAAGGUGGGGAGGGAGAAGUACGAAAGGCUUUCGUCGACAAACACGAUCAUAAAGAAACCAGUAACGACCAAGAAUUUCAAGAUUAGUUUCAUUGAAGAUUUGAUAUCUCAUCAUCCUUCAAGCAAAUCAAUUUUCAUGUGGGAUGAUCGAGAGCAUCAUGUUCAAGCAUUUCGAUCUUUGCUUAAUGACUUGAGAGGGCAAGGAAAAAUUCGGAAAGGCGGGGUGGAUCACGUAACCCUUAAAAUGCGCUAUUUUGAUAGAGUUAAAGAACGCGAGAUUGUCACGGAUAUCAUCGAGAGUCAUAAUAAAAAUUGGGCAUGCGGUACACUUUCAAAUUACUAUCUACCCCAAAUUGAGCUCAUUCGAGAAGUCGAAUACGUGGGAAUCUAUUUUGACUACCAGGCGAUACGGUUUUUGCGUCGACACUUCUCACCCCCAAAUCGAUAUUUUCAUAAUCGACGCGGACGUCAAAUGAAUCAUCGAUGGAAUUUCGACGAGCCUUACUUAUUCGUUCGGAGGCGACCAAUUUCUCAAGAAAUCCUGGGAUGUUGCUCUUCCAAUAGAAAACACUAUGUCGUCAUGAAAGUGGUCGCGAAAGGAAUGUUCAGAAACUGUGUGUAUUGUCUGAAAGUGGUGAACCAGGAUUCGAAUGAUUCAGGCAAGAGCGGGAUCCCUCACAAUUCUAUUUUUAAUCAUUUUAAUACUACUUUCAUUAUGCUCGCAUUUGAUCAGAGUACCGUUGAUGGAUUCCCUGAUAGGCCGGAAGACAUUGAACCAUCUCGUUGGAUCCCAAUAUCUGAUGAUCAACAGGUUGUGGUACGCGGAUUCAUCGGCAAAAGUUUCCUUACAAAUUAUCGGGAGGUGGACGCGUCUGCUCAAGGCAGCAGCUCCGAGGACGCAUGA